AACAAUACCAAACACCUAUAACAUGAGUACAAAGUGUAUUAAAAGUGAAACAAACACAUAAAUCUUUGUCUUGCGUAAACAAGUUGAAAAACAAUAGAAUAAUACUGUCAAUUAACUAUGUCGUACCACGUUCUACGUAUUUUUUUUUCUUUUAUGUUUGACUAAAACUAAAAGAAGAGGCCCAAAUUCAUUUGUGACGUAUUUCAAAAUGUAACAUGUGAACAAAUCAAAAACGCCACAAACGUUAUAAUACACAAUAAGGUCGUGUCAUUGUGUGAACAGCUUUUCAGCGGGCUUUAUUUACUUUGGAAUAUACUGCUUUAACAAGAGCCCUGGGCUCGGGAAUUAACAGUGUUGUGUGAAAUAUCGCCGAUGUAGCCAAAACUAUGGAAUACAAAGUGAAUUUAAUAUUCCUUGUGGUAUUUAGCUCUAAAAUUGUUGUAUCUAUUCCUUAUAAUGAGGAAAAUGUGAGACAAAGAGCAUACCCUGCUAUCAAUUGGCCAUCAAACCUUCAAGCGAGGGAAAAUCAAAAUUUUGCACCACCUCAAAAUUUUCAUGCCCCUGUAUAUCAAAAACCUUAUUAUCAAGAAAUGGCGCAACGUAGAAUAAAUUCUCCCAAUGAAGAAUUCCGUGCACCACCACUUGCCGCAUUGCCGAAAGCGUCUGAAACUCCAACGGGAUAUAGAGUUACUGGUACGAGAAAUGAUCAGAAUUAUUAUCAAAACAACGGACAAAAUGGAUUAAGGCAAUUUCAACAAAUCAAUGUACCCCCAGUCAGACAAAAUCCCGUUAUUGAGCAGACUUAUUUUCAACCGAUUCGGGAACCUUUAACUUCAGUUUCACAAAAUGGAAAUCCACAGGGGCAAUACCCUAGAUCGGUCCUUCCCAAUUACUAUAAUCAACAACCCCUACCUCGACUUCAAGCGUCACAAUUUAGAUCAAAUUACAUGAAUGUUCCUAAUGCAGAAGUACAGCGACCGUGGGUACAAAACAUGCGCGGGGCUUAUGACAAUAAAACCCAAUAUCUAAGUAAUGAACCUUCAGUAAAUCCUAAAGAAAUAGCCAGGAGCACUAUUGAGUUCACACAAAAUAAAUAUCAAUCCCCAAUGGAACACCUACCUCGAAUUGUAAACGGAAAUCUAGCAACAAACUCACAGAUGAAUGCUGGAUAUAUACCUGGAGAUAAUAGACUCCCAGAAAUGCGGAAUAGAUUGGCGACUGGAACAAAUACUAAUUUGGAUACAAAUCAUAAAACGUUUAUGAUAGAUAACCCUAGAGGAAAUGUAGAACUGGUAGGGAACUUGAGACCACAUGAAAAUAAGAACAAUGUUUUGGUAAAUGCGAAAGACAUCCUGGGAAAGACAAAUGAAGGCGAAUCACAUCCAACUUUCAGGCCUCAAGUGAUCAACCAGCCUCAAGUGGUAUCAUCAACUACUGGCACAGAUAUUUUUCUGCAUAAUGAUGUGCAAGACACCGUUGGCAAUACUGUACUUAACGCGAAAUCAGUACCAUACAAUAAACCUUUAUUACAAGAAAAUGCGGUUCAAAAUCCUGCUGUUCUAGAUUCAAUUUCAAGUUACAGAAGCCAACCACGGGUGAAGUCAUCAAAUACAAAAUUUUUGCUACGUGAUGAUUUACAAGACACUGUUCCCAAUACUGCGCUUAAUACUGCUUAUACGAAAUCAGUACCAGAUAAUAAGCCUUUGGUGCAAGAAACUGUGGUUCUGAAUCCUGCUGCUGUGGAUACGAUUCCAAGUCACAAAGAGCAGCCCCAAGUAAUAUCAACUAUUCAAACAGAAAUUUCACGGGGCGAUCGUCUAGAAGAUACGGCUCCCAAUACUGCAUUUAAUACGAAAUCAGUACCAUACAAUAAGCCUUUGGUACAAGAAGAGGCAAUUCCAAGUUUUUCUGCUCUAGAUUCGGAUCCAAGUCAUAGAAAUCAGCCUCGGGUAACGUCAUCAAUUGCCGACACAAAAAACAUGCUACGCCAUGAGUUACAAGUUCCCAAUACUGCAUUUAAUAUAAAAUCAGUACCAGACAAUAGACCCUUAGUACAAGAAACUGAGGUUCUGAAUCCUACUGUUGUAGAUAUUAUUCCAAGACACAAAGAGCAGCCUCAAAUAAUACCAACUAUUGAAACAGAAAUUUCACGGGGCGUUCGUCUAGAAGAUACGGCUCCAAAUACUGCAUUUAAUAUGAAAUUAAUACCAUACAAUAAGCCGUUGGUACAAGAAGAGGGAAUUUCAAGUUUUUCUGAUCUAGAUUCGGAUCCAAGUCAUAGAAAUCAGCCUCGGGUGACGUCAUCAAUUGCCGACACAAAAAACUUGUUACGUCAUGAGUUACAAGAUGAGGCUCCCAAUACUGCAUUUAAUAUAAAAUCAGUACCAGACAAUAGACCUUUAGUACAAGAAACUGUGGUUCUGAAUCCUGCUGUUGUAGAUAUCAUUCCAAGACACAAAGAGCAGCCCCAAGUAAUAUCAACUAUUGAAACAGAAAUUUCACGGGGUGAUCGUCGAGAAGAUUCGUUUCCCAAUACUGCAUUUAAUAUAAAAUCAGUACCAGAUAAUAGACCUUUAGUACAAGAAACUGUGGUUCUGAAUCCUGCUGUUGUAGAUAUUAUUCCAAGACACAAAGAACAGCCUCAAAUAAUACCAACUAUUGAAACAGAAAUUUCACGGGGCGUUCGUCUAGAAGAUACGGCUCCAAAUAAUGCAUUUAAUACGAAAUCAGUACCAUAUAAUAAGCCGUUGGUACAAGAAGAGGCAAUUUCAAGUUUUUCUGCUCUAGAUUCGGAUCCAAGUCAUAGAAAUCAGCCUCGGGUGACGUCAUCAAUUGCCGACACAAAAAACUUGGUACGCCAUGAGUUACAUGAUAAGGCUCCCAAUACUGCAUUUAAUAUAAAAUCAGUACCAGAUAGUAGGCCUUUAAUACAAGAAACUGUGGUUCUGAAUCCUGCUGUUGUAGAUAUCAUUCCAAGACACAAAGAGCAGCCCCAAGUAAUAUCAACUAUUGAAACAGAAAUUUCACGGGGUGAUCGUCGAGAAGAUUCGUUUCCCAAUACUGCAUUUAAUACAAAAUCUGUACCAUACAAUAAGCCUUUGGUACAAGAAGAGGCAAUUCCAAGUUUUUCUGCUCUAGAUUCGGAUCUAAGUCAUAAAAAUCAGCCUCGGGCGACGUCAUCAAUUGCCGACACAAAAAACUUGGUACGCCAUGAGUUACAAGAUGAGGCUUCCAAUACUGCAUUUAAUAUAAAAUCAGUACCAGAUAAUAGGCCUUUAGUACAAGAAAAUAUGGGUGUAAAUUCUGCUACUUUAGAUACAAUUCCAAGACAUAGAGAGCAGCCCCAAGUAAUAUCAACUAUUGAAACAGAAAUUUCACGGGGCGUUCGUCUAGAAGAUACGGCUCCAAAUACUGCAUUUAAUAUGAAAUCAGUACCAUACAAUAAGCCGUUAGUACAAGAAGAUCCAUCUGCAGUUGAUAAUUUCCCACAGAAAGCUCCUCAUGUAAGCUUGUUUAGUACAGAAGCCCAUCAACUUAAUAAGGAGGUAAUGCCUAAUAUGCGGAUUUCGGCACAAGACAAUGAACACGACAAACCGAAAUCUAUUUUUGAUGAAUCUAUUAUUCCCGUUGCUGCAACAGAGAAAUCUAUCGAAACUAGUACAUUGUCCACGAAUUAUGUUACUAAGAACAAUAGUGAACACAAUUCAAAUCCAGAGGAUUAUAAUCCAAGUGAAUUUUUAAGACAAAACAUAUCUUUCGAUAAAUAUAAAUCUCAAGCAAAAACGGUUAAUUUACAAAAUGAGACAACCACAACUGAUACACCAAGUGACACGGGUCGACCAGUUGUAAAGCAUCAUCAUCAUCAUAGUUCAGUAGGUCGCGAAAUCUUAGAUUCCGUUUUGGAUGAUAAUAUAUUUAAUCAACCUAGUUCUCCUAUGGAGAAGUCCUUAGAAAAAGCUACUUUCGAUGAACCGCUGAAUGAACCACUUAUUCCAAACAACGACCACUUAACACCAGAACCCUGGUACUUAAACUCUGAGCCGCUUAGAAGCAGUAAUAUCACUGAAGAAGAUCACUUUUCAAACAAUAAAACAAAAAUGUUCCCCGAAGAAACUACAUUUACAUUUAGUACAGUUCCAGAAAUAAAAGAAGCGAAAGAUAUAGAAAAUGAAAAACCUGUUGAAGUUAUAGAAAAAAAAGAUUUUUUCGUUAAUGAGGCUAAUUGGUUUAGAGAACAAAGUGAAGAUGGUGCUACAAAUAGUAAUGUGGUAUCUCCGCUUACAAGUGACGAAGACAAAGAAAGGGAAAACGUACAGAGCACCACAGUGAGUUCACUGUUAAGUCCAUUGAACAACAAGAAAAAUGAUACUUCAAAGCCGAGUGUUGCUGAAAGUUAUGUAGCGCCAACAAUUAGUUCAUUACACAAUCAUUCCACAGUUGAAGAUAAUCGACAAACUGAAAGUACUGAAACUCUUACUGUAGAUGCCAGAAACGAUGAUAUUCUUGAUCUUUUGUCUAGUAAAACUGAUAAUUCUGAAGAUCAAUUGAAUAUUAUUCUGACUGAUAGUACUGAAAAUAUAUUGAAUGAAAUUAAAUACAUUGAUUCAAUGAAUCCAUUGUCAGAAAAUAAUAACAUUGCUAAUGAGCCCAUAAAUUUAGAGGACGAUCAAAUGAAUUUUGAUGAUGUGGCUAUUUUAUUUAAUACGGACAGUAUGACUACUGUUAGUACAGAGAGUCUUGAUGAAGACGUAGACGUAUUCUCUCAGGAAGCUAAAGCUAUCGACAACGAAGAAAUACCCAAUCCAUUCAUUGGCAGUGAUGAAACCUUUAAUAUUUUUAACGAGAAUAACGCAAACGGAAAUAAUAGAAAACCUUUCGUUUUGACGUUGGACACUCAGGAUGAAGUUUAUCCAGAUGUAAGGGAGAGGAUUGUGAAUCCCACUGUAAUCCAAUCCAGUAUAAAAGGCGACGAAGAAGAUCAAACGAUUACUUCAAAUACGAAACCGGAUACGCUUCCGGAUAUUUUCACUUUAAACGAUGAUGCAGUCGCGAAUCCUGCUGACAAUAACACCGUUAUGUUCAAAGUCGAUGCUGACUUCUGGCAGAAGAUAAAAAACGGGAACAUCACGUACGAUGUCGUGUAUUUGUUUCAAGCUCAUGAUCAGCCUGUUGUUGAAAAGGAAACACAGACGAUCAUUUAUCCGAAUGGCACUAUAGUUCAGCAGUAUGUUGAAAAGACUUGGAAGAAACAAGGAGUUCAAUUGUUUCAGAUACCCAACCGAUAAUUGUUCAAAAAACAAAAAUAUUCCAUCCCGACGGUCGGAUUGUUGAAGAGCCCGUUGUCGUUUUGCCUCCAAAUUAACUUAAUAAUUAAAUAAUAAUUAAUGUUUUUUUUUUUUCAAAUUAAGUAAGAAUUAAGAAGGUUUCACUUAAUUUUGUUUCCGGUGUAUAUUGGUCCGAAACAGAUCUUUUAAAGUGAUAAGAACGCCAAUACCUCGAACUGAGUAGUGUGCCGUAUUUUGGUGUACGAUAAUGU